AUGCUCCAGGCAACGUUUAAGCUCUGUGCUGGGAGCUCCUACAGACACGUGCGCAACAUGAAGGGGCUGAGGCACCAGGCUGUGCUGGCCAUUGGCCAGGAGCUGAACCGGAGGGCCUUGGGGGGCCCGACUCCGAGCGCGUGGAUUAAUCAGGUCCGGAGGCGGAGUUCUCUGCUAGGUUCCCGGCUGGAAGACACUCUCUACAGCGACCGGGAGCUGGCCUAUAUCCACCAAGGAGAGGAGGCCAUGCAGAAGGCCCUGGGCAUCCUCAGCAGCCAGGAGGGCUGGAAGAAGGAGAACCAGCAGGCCAAUGGAGACAAAGUGCUGAGUAAAGUGGUCCCAGACGUGGGCAAGGUUUUCCGGCUGGAGGUGGUGGUGGACCAGCCCAUGGAGAGGCUUUACGAAGAGCUUGUGGAACGCAUGGAGGCAAUGGGAGAGUGGAACCCCAACGUCAAGGAGAUCAAGGUCCUGCAGAAGAUUGGAAAAGACACGGUGAUCACCCACGAGCUGGCUGCAGAAUCAGCAGGAAACCUCGUGGGGCCCCGGGACUUCGUGAGUGUGCGCUGUGCCAAGCGCCGAGGCUCCACCUGCGUGCUGGCUGGCAUGGCCACGCAGUUCGGGCAGAUGCCUGAGCAGAAGGGUGUCAUCAGAGCCGAGCAUGGCCCCACUUGCAUGGUGCUCCACCCUCUGGCUGGGAGUCCAUCAAAGACCAAACUCACUUGGCUGCUCAGCAUUGACCUCAAGGGAUGGCUGCCAAAGACUAUCAUCAACCAAGUCCUAUCUCAGACCCAGGUGGACUUUGCCAACCACCUGCGCAAGCACCUGGAGUCCAGCCCUGCUCCUGAGGCCAGGUGCUGA